AUGGACUCUGAUUUAUUCUCCAGCCCGGCGGCUUUGGACCUGACAAUGAAAUCCACCAUUGUAUCCUGCCCUGUGAAAAGUGAAACAACCAGCCCGGACAUGUUCCUGACAAUGGCUGAUACCACUGCAGCGUUCAGCAUUACACGACAGCCCACCAUCAUUGUCACCACAACAUCAACACCAUUGGUGACAGCAAAAUCAUCCAUCUUUGGCAGUGACACCAUCAGCAUACCAACUGUUCACAUCAAGCAGGAACCAGUCGAGUGUUUAGACCAAAUUCAUGAGCAAGCAGUGAACUUGGAAUCCAUUGUUCUUCCACCAACACCACCUGGCAGUUCUGGCAGUGAUAGUGAGGGCAGUCAGAGCCCACUGAAUUCAGCUCCUUCCAGCCCCAUCCGUCAGUCAUCCUUGAGGCAUUCAUCAUCUGGUACACAGGUCGCCGGUAAAGGAUACACUCAGCCACUGUUUGUCAAUGCAAUAUCGCAGUCUGGGUUGCUGAUUCUCUCAGAGGAAGAGAAGAGAACUCUCAUAUCUGAAGGCUAUCCCAUCCCUAGUAAACUUCCAUUGACCAAACAGGAGGAGAAGAAUCUGAAAAAGAUCCGCAGGAAAAUCAAGAACAAGAUUUCAGCUCAAGAGAGCCGGCGGAAAAAGAAAGAAUAUCUGGAAGCGUUAGAGAAAAGAAUUGAGGCAUACAAUCAUGAAAAUAAUGACCUGAAGAAAAAAGUGGAAAAUUUGGAGAGCAACAAUAGGUCAUUGCUUGGUCAGCUGCAGAAGCUCCAGUCAUUGGUUAGUAAAAUGCCUAAAGCUGCCACGGCCACACAGACGGGCACAGCUUUAAUGGUUCUGGUGUUUUGCUUUGCUGUGUUCCUGGGCAGCAUGUCCCCGUCUAACCUGAACAUCGGCUACUCCACAAAACCUCCCAUGCUGGGCUUUGUACAGCCACAGACUAUCAGUUUGCCACAGCCACAGCCACAAAUGGGACCUCAACCCUUGCCUGCACUAGAUACUUCCAGUCCUUACGUAACACCAAACAUGAAAUCUAGAGUGCUGAUGUCUGUAGAUCAAGAAGACAACUGUGAUGACCUUCGACCUAUGCCCUGGGAGAACUCAAUGUUAUGCCCAAUUGUGGAAAGUAUUGCUAACAAAAAUAUGGAGAUGCCCAACCCAGGUGUGAACCUGCUGGGAGGUGCCAAUAUCCCAUCUGGUGGCCAGACAACUGCUGAUGCAAUGGUAGUGAUGGUGGUGGCUGCUAGUGUGGAGACCAACGGCAGUGACAGCCGAGACAGCGCUGCCAAUGGCUACCAGAAUCAGGUGGUCCCAGACAUUGAGAUGAUCCACCAGGAGAUGUUCAACCAUGGCAGACUGCACAACAUGUCAGUAGAAAUGGAAACAGCCUAG